AUGACCACGGCAGACAGAGGAUCGGAGCUGUUGGGUACUGCUUUGGGCGCACAACAUCUUUGUCGUUUCCUCAAAGGAGACGGCCGAGUUGAUGUCGGCUUCUUAGCGCAUCCUUCACUUGUCUCUGAGGAGGAAGCCGAAGGUAUUAAUGGGCCCGUUUUGAUUGCCGCGGCAAAGGAUGAUUUUAUUUCCAGAAGAGAACAGACGUUUGACCGAGAGGCUGCUCAAGGAGACGUUGUGCCCAUAUGA